UUACCCGUGAGAGAAACUAAAUUGAACUGAAAGAGAGUGAACCAGUGAGCAAGCGUUUAACAUGUCUGCCUCUGUCAUGGCGUCUUUGGUUCUGAAACCAUCUCCCUCUCCACUGUUAGAACGAGCGAAGCUUCGAGGCGCGCGACCAUCGGCGAGGCCAUCGCUGCUCAUAGUAGCCAGCAAGAAGGCGAAAAAGGUCCAGACUGCCCAGCCCUAUGGGCCUGGUGGUGGAGUGGUGUUCAAGGAAGGCGUUGAUGCGUCCGGAAGGGUAGCCAAGGGGAAGGGUGUUUACCAGUUUGCCGACAAGUAUGGAGCAAACGUUGAUGGGUACAGCCCGAUAUAUACACCAGAAGAAUGGUCUCCAAGUGGUGACGUUUAUGUUGGAGGAAAGACAGGGCUGUUUCUCUGGGCAGUGACUCUUGCUGGAAUUCUGCUGGGCGGUGCUCUUCUUGUCUACAAUACUAGUGCAUUGGCUUCUUGAAGCCUGUGCGGCAAACCAAAAUAUGCACCAAACGAUGUGUAUUGUACGGGUUACAAAAGUAACGACAUAUGUAACUGGAUGUAAAUAUCAGUACCCGCAGUCAAUAAUACCGAUAAUUAAUUACUAA